UUGUUUUAAACCAUAAUUUCAAUACGAUUAGCAUUUGCCAAGUUGUCAAUAAAAUGUCAGCCAACAAGGAAAAUAACCUUGUUCAGGCUUAUGUUGAAUUGAAUAAAUUUUGUCAAAGCGGAGAAUAUGAGAGAGCUUUAAAAGCAUCAGGAAAAAUUUUACAGAUAGCGCCUACUGAGCAGAAGGCAUUUCAUUGCAAAAUUAUAUGUUUGAUUCAGCUUCAUAAUUUUAAGGAGGCCCUAGGUGCCAUAACAAAUCCAAAAAAUGCAGGUUUGGCAUCUGAUUUGGUCUUUGAAAAGGCUUACACACAAUACAGGCUUAAUUGUCCUAAGGAUGCCUUGGAAACUGUUGAUAAUGCAUCUGAACUAACACCAGCACUGAAGGAAUUAAGAGCACAAAUACUUUAUCGGCUAGAGCAGUAUCAAGAAUGUUACAAUCUGUAUCGAGAGAUAGUAAAGAACAGUACAGAUGAGUAUGAAGAUGAAAGAAAAACAAAUAUGUCAGCUGUUGUGGCUAACUUAGCAGAACUUAACCCAAAUGCAGAUUUACCACAAUUCGAGGAAACCACAUAUGAGUUAUCAUAUAAUGUGGGUACAACACUUGCUUUACGUGGAAAAUAUAAUGAGGCCUUACCAGUCCUAAAGAAAGCUGAGCAACUCUGCUCGGAAAGUGUUAUUGAUGAUGGUGGCACUGAAGAAGAAGCGAAAGAGGAAGCUGCUAUUAUUAGAGUUCAGCAAGCUUACUGCCAACAACAAAUGGGUAAGGAGAAGGAAGCGACCUCCAUCUACCAAAAUGUGCUCAAAGACAAACCAAGUGACCAAGCACUUGUCGCAAUUGCCAGUAACAAUUUAGCUGUUAUCAAUAGAGAUGCAAAUGUGUUUGACUCCCGCAAGCGUAUGAAAGCUGCUACUCAAGAGGGCUUGGAACACAAGCUCAAUUCCCGGCAGAAAGCCUCAAUCACAUACAACCAAGCUAUACUUGCUAUUUAUUCAAAUCAGCCGGAGUUUUGCAAACAAUGCUGCGUGAAGCUGUCCCGAGAAAUGAAGCAAGAGCAGCGCGCCACCUUGGUGCAGGCGUCCUCGAUGUUGAAGGAGGGCCAGGCGGAGCAGGCGGUGUCACUCCUGCUGCAGGGCAGCCUCACCCUGGCUGCAGCUCAUGUCUUGCUAUCCCAGGGUGAUCGCAAAGCAGCAAUAAAACUUUUGGAAGAGAGUGAAUACAAAUAUCGUCCCGGGGUGAUUGGAGUGCUGUGCACAUUGCUUACGGCAGACAACGAACACGAGAGGGCAUCCCGGUUGUUCACUGAAGUGUACCAACAUUACAAGAACGAUGAAGAGCAAGUACGAAACCUUCGGGCCGUGUGGCGCGCUGCCGCCGACUGUCACUCGCGCGCCGGAGACUCCGCCGCGGCCGCGCGCGCUCACGAGACUCUGGUGCGGGCGGCUCCCGGCGACAAGAGGACCCUGGCCCGUCUGGUGAAGGCGCUCGUGGCUCACCCGGAGAAGGCCAGGAGACUGGCUGCGGACCUGCCGCCCAUUGCACAACUAGAGGGUAAAAUUGACAUUGAAGCAUUAGAAUCAUCAAAAUGGAUGAUGGGCGCGAAGGUUGUGAAGAAGACGGUACAAAGCAAACAGGAGCAGUCGCCGGGAACCCCAGGAUCAGAGCUUGGUCAGAAGAAGAAAGAGAAACGCAAACGGAAGACAAAGCUUCCACUCAACGCUGAUCUUUCUAAGCCUCCAGAUCCAGAAAGAUGGUUGCCGAAAUACGAGCGCACAGCGUACAGGAAGAGGCGCGGUAUCCGGCGUGACGUCAUCAAGGGGAGCCAGGGAAUGACGACCACAGCCGUCGACCAAUAUGAUAUGAGCAAACAAACUCCAACUCCUGCUGCGGCUGCUAAAAGUCCACGGGUUGAGGCUCCCAAGUCAACUGAGAGCGCUUGGCAAAGAAAACAACAACAGAAGAAAAAGGGCAAAGGGCGGAAGUGGUAGAGCAAUAAAGUGUUCAUAAUGUA